GAACGGUAACCCUCCAGUUGCACAUCGAGAACGCAGUGCUGACUCUGGUGUGUUCAGUGCGCGUCCAGCAUCUGAGCACACCAUGCGCUUCCUCUUGCUCGUUUAUCUCGUCUUAUCGGUCCCCGCUCGAGACGUUAACGCGGAGGAAGUGGACUGCCAGGUUUACAACCAUCUUUACGUCUGCCUGGCCAACGGCGUGCUGCACAGCGUCGCGUUCGAGGAUGUCAACGCGGUUCAAACGAUCGAGGACAUAGAGCUGCAUCUGGAGGGCCUCGGGAUCGUCGACAUAGCCAAGGACGCUUUUCUCGAAGUCAGCAACUCGUCCGCCUUGUACAUUCGUGACAACCAGUUGUCCACGAUUUCCAGACAGUAUUUCACCGAUCUGGACCAGCUGACGUAUCUGGACCUGAAGAACAACAGCAUCGCCGAGAUAGAGGACGGCGCGUUCGCUAAAUUGCGCAGCCUGGAAACGUUGCUACUCGACUGCAACAACAUCACCGUGUUCCGUGCUGGAAUGUGGAAAGGUCUCGCCGAUCUCCGCGAAUUGUACGCUACCAACAACAACGUCGUCUUGAGGAGGAACGUGUUCAGGGGUCUCAGGUACCUGGAAACUUUGGCGCUGGACUGCAACGAGAUCACAGAGGUGCCGAUCGGGACGUUCAACGGGCUACCUCACAUCGAUCUUCUCUAUCUGUCGAGAAACAAAAUUUCGUUCAUACAUCCGGAGGUGUUUCGAGGCCUUGGCGAGGUGAACGAAUUAGACCUGGGACGAAACCGACUGAGAGACGUGUCCGGUGGGAUCUUUCGACACCUGAAGAACCUAAACUCCCUGUGGCUCAACGGCAACCAGAUCGUCACGCUGAAGGCCGACACUUUCGUGGGACUUGACAAUUUGUUGCUCCUGUUUUUGAACAGCAACGAGCUACACUUCGUCGACAUGUCCGCCUUCGCCAAAAUGAGGAACGUCACCAUCGAUCCGGGCUUUAAGGUUGCCGGGACAACGAUGGAUGCCAUUUGGAAAGUGCAAGGACGAUUCCGAUGCAACAACGUCGAGUAUCAGUUGCCGUACGAGUGCGCAGAGAUUGAGUCUCGGGUCUAUUGACACAGAUUGCAGAGUGAACAAUGUCGCUUCGUUAUAGAAACGCGGGUCUAUAUCCAUUUACAGCAGUGAAAAUGAAUUCGAACGUGAAAUUGUUAUCGAUCUCUCUUCUCCCUCUCUUCUCACUCUGUUUCUUACUUUCGUAAUCUCACGACACGUCAUUCGAGAAAUUUUUACUUAUUACGGAGAGAGUAUCUUUUCGCUGUCCAUUCGCAACAGUGGAAAGAAUGAAUUCGAGUCUUCUUAUUGACGAUAAUUUUUGUAACCAUUGACAUUGUCGUUCGAGAAAUUUUUUUUAGUCAUGUACAGUAUAUAAUUCACCAAUGAUUCAUGUAUGUAUAUGUACGUUGACAAUGAUUUUAUGUAAAGUAUUGGAAAAUAUACCUGCCGAGAUACAACGA